CAGACGCGUUUGGGCUCCUCACGUUCAGACCCCGAAGUGCAAUCAGGAAAGAAAAAUGGAUUGGCCACCACCGCCCAUCGGCCGACAUGCGUCGACGAGUACGGGGGGAUCCAAAAAGCAGGAUUCGGAACUUGCAUUCGAUGAUGCCGAUCUGGAUGAUUUGCUAUUAAGUAGCAGUGAUGACGAAAAGAAUGUCAAGUCGAAAGAAGCAGAGAAGCCGAAAUCAGCACCGACCCCAAUCCCCACCGUCCGCCCGACUACUGCCGCAUCAGGCGCAAAAUCUACCUUCGCGACACCAGCCCCGGCAACUCGUCAGUUUCAAGCGCCACCUACGCCGGCAUCCGCCGAAAAGCCUGCUCCUGCAAUCUUGCCACCCACACCCGUUGCAGCGUCCGCACAUGGGAAAAACAAUGUAGAUGAUAUCUUGAAAGGGUUAGAAGACUUGGAUGACUUAGAUGGUGGACUCUUUGGAGGGAUUGGUGCUGGCACCAAGAAAGGAGCGGCGGCAGCGGGACCUGCCUCUAUCCAAAACAGUCCGGCGAAGCCCAGUCCCACAAUACCUACCGCGGCAACAAGCACUACCCCCGCUGUACUACCCUCAACACUGCCAAAGACUUUGGCAGCCCCAAAACCAUUUGCUUCAUCAGCUCCAAACACACCAGUGACAUCCGCAAAGCCCCUCAUGCCCUGGGAAAAGCGGGUGACGGAAGACACCAUGCCGUCCCCAGACAAACCGUCGCCGAGCUUAGCGGGACGCGAUAGAUCUGCAAGUAUGGGCUCCUCGCAGACGAGCGCGGGACCAAAUAUUGCCCGUGCACAGAAGCCACUGAUGCCGUGGGAGAAACGGACGGAUACUGUUCCGAGUGCUUCGAGUGCUCCCAGUGUUCCAGCGCCAGUAGCUGAUACGGCAGCGUUAAGAACCGCCGCGGAUGAUACGUCGCUGUUCAUGGGAUCGUCCACCCGGACUCGGAAUAGAAGUCCAUCAGCCAAAUCCAACACAACUCAAUUCACAUCAGAGGCAGACGAUGAUGAUGAUAUCCUCGGCUUGUUGAGCUUCGAUGGGCCAAGUAAGAAUGCCGGACGGCCGAGGUCCAGGACCACAUCUGCCAUCCCAGCUGCUGGGGGACUGUUUGGAAGUGCACCGCUCGGUCAGAGUGAUGCCAAACCCGCCUUAGCGUCGCCAGCACGCCCUUUCACAGCACCCGCAUCAAGCCCCGCACCUUUCUCAUCAUCAACGCCCUUCACACCCACACCUAUGACCGCCGCGCCCGCCACCACCACCACAGCCAACCCGUUCCUCUUCCCUCCCACAACCACAAAACCAGCCGCAACACCCGCGCCAGGGUCACCAGCGAAGAGCUUCCUCCCUUCAAGCGCAAGCGUAUCGACCAUGGGCACGUUGCGGACGUUGGAGCUGCCGCGGACGUCGGCGAAGGAGGAUGAUGAGUUUGUGCCGUCAUUUUUGUUUGAGACCUCGGGGAGGGCAAGGGGUGGACGGCCACGGAUGGCGGAAGCAACUCCUGGCAUCGAGCCUCCAGCUUUGAAGCAUACGCCGAUAAUCAGCUUGCCAUUUUUGGAUAGCAAGCCCAAAAUGACGCCGAAACCGGAGCCCGUGAAAGCAGCAGUGCCGGUAUCCCUUCCGCCCGCCGCUGCAGAGCCUGCAAAGCCGACAGAGAAAGCGAAAGGGGCGACCACAACACUUCCUAGUGCUUAUGUGACGAAAGCCGAUGGCCAGAAGCAACGGCAGCAACAACAACAACAAACAAAAACCAUCCUAUCCCUCCCAGCCGGCGACCCCAUCGCAACCAAGCCCCGCGACACCACCAACCCGUCCCCCACGUCCAACGACGAAGACGGCGAAGACGACGAAAGCGACCUGCAAGAUAUCGGGUUAAGCGAUCUCGAACUGUCCCCGAGUUCCGGCGAUGAGGAGGACAAUCCGCUGCCGAAGCGGCGACGGCGUUCGAGCGUGAGUUCCGUUAGGUCGAGUCGGAGGAGUUCGGUUCGAGGCAGUCGGAGGGGGUCGAAGGCGGUGCUCGUCGACACUGCACAGGUUAAAGAACUGCAACAGAAACUGGAAACGGCUGAGAAAGACGAAAAGGAGAUGCAGGAUUUCGUGGAGACAUUGAAGAAAGAGAAAGCAGAAUUGAAGGCAGAUUUGGACAAGGUGAAGAAGAACGUGCAGGAAGUGGAACAGAAAGCGAAGAAGAUCGAGGAGGAUUCGGCCGCCGCUCUCACGAAGUUGAAGGACGCUCAUGAGGAGGAGAUUGAGCAUUUGAAGAAGAGACAUGAGGAUGAGCUCGCACGCCAACACGAAACCCUAACCGCAACCCACAAAGAAGCAACAAAACACCUAGCAGAAGCCCAUGCAGCCGAACUCGUCACCGUCCUCUCCCGCACCAACGAGCUCACAACUCUCGCCACCCAGAUCCAAUCCCGCGACCAAGCCGUCACCGACCUCCAGAAGAAAGUCGAGACCGACCACGCCUACAGCAUCAAAGAGCGCGAGCUGGCAUUCCAGAACCGCGAGAAGCAGAUCUCGGAGAUGCAGCGGCAUUUCCUCGAUCAGCAGAAGGAGCUGGAUGAGGAGCGGGUGAAGAUCCAGGAAUUGGUGCGGACGAUGGAUGAGAACAUGCAUGCCGCGCAACGACAGCAGUCCGAGGCGUAUAAGCGGUUGAUGAACGAUAAGACGCGGCUGCAGGAGCAGAUGCAGGAUAUGCAGGCGGAGAAACACACGUUGCUCGCGCAUCUUCACACCGACCGUGUGGAAUUGCUCAAGCAGAAGGAGGAAUGGGCGCUGGAGAAGCGGCGGCAGACUCAGCAGCUGGACGGGGAGAGGACCGCGCUUGCGUUGGAGAGAUCUGAGCUGGAGUCGUUGAAGCAUACAUUGCAAGUCCUGCAAUCUGAUCUCGCGACGCACAAACUGCGUGAGGAGGCCCAGCUGCAUGCCGAUAGGAUCGUGUUUGAGCGGGACCAGCAGGCGCUUGUGAAUAAGGCCGCCGUCGUGCAUCGGGAGAUGGCGCAGUUGAGGAGCGAGAGGUGUCUUCUGGAGGCUGAGAAGGGGAAGCUGGGCGUGGAGAGGGAGGUUUUCGAGGUCGGGAGGGAGGAGGCGGAGAGGGUUGUCAGGGAAGUCGGCAAGGUUGGGGAGGUUGCUGUCACGGAGCGACACAAAGCCGAAGAGCUUCUUUCAUCCACAGUCGAAACGCAGCAGUCAUUGGAAGCCGCGUUGGCCAAGAUCCGCAGCGACCAAGCCGCACUCCUCGCACAACAAACAGAAGUCAGGAAAGAGCGACUGGCACUCGCCCAUGAGCGGUACAAAGCGGGCCCGGCAAAAUCCCAUCAGCAGCAGGCCAUUGGGGAGAAAGAUGAGCCGACACUGGUCUUACCUGUUGCGGCGGAUGCAUACGGGCAUAGACAUCUCACACCAAAUGCCCGAGAGGAUAAGCACCAGCCCGCAACACCCGCAUAUGUCUGGGGAAUCACACCAUCAUCCGCGCUGUACACGCUUCCGAAACCGCAAAACCUGCAUGUCAUCGCAGCUCGCGACUUGUUCCGCAAGUUGGAUAGAUUCGUUGGCGGACUGAAGCAGUCCGAGACGUCGCUCGAUAGACAGCUGGCGUAUCUGACGACGGCGAGGCAGGCUCAUCCACAUGUAUAUUGAAGGCGAGAGUGUAUAUAUGAAUAUGGAGUGAAGGACGCAGC